AAGAAGGAAGGUCGAAUGAAAGAGAGACACGUAAGAUAAGACGGUGGCAGGGCGUGUCAACCCGAGAGCCAAAGCUCGCGAUUCCCGUCUCUUCUAUUAUUCCAUUGCAAAAUCAGUCAUAACGACCGCGUUUUAUUGAUAUUUCUGGUUGCGCACCGACAGAGACGGCGGUUUCUGUUCCAUCGAAGUAGCAAUGGCCGACAAGUACAACCUCAAGAACCCUGCCGUCAAGCGCAUCCUUCAGGAGGUCAAGGAGAUGCAAUCUAACCCUUCCGAUGAUUUCAUGAGCCUUCCUCUCGAGGAAAAUAUAUUUGAGUGGCAAUUUGCUAUUAGAGGUCCUCGUGAUACUGAAUUUGAGGGUGGUAUUUAUCAUGGACGAAUCCAGUUGCCUGCAGAGUAUCCAUUCAAACCGCCUUCAUUUAUGUUGUUGACACCUAAUGGUCGUUUUGAGACCCAAACCAAGAUUUGCUUGAGCAUAUCAAAUCACCACCCUGAGCAUUGGCAACCAUCAUGGAGUGUGAGGACUGCUUUAGUUGCGCUGAUUGCAUUCAUGCCAACCAAUCCAAAUGGUGCGUUGGGAUCGUUAGACUACAAGAAAGAAGAGAGGCGUUCCUUGGCCAUUAAAUCUCGUGAAGCACCACCAAGAUUUGGGACUCCUGAACGGCAAAAGCUGAUUGAUGAGAUACAUGAGUACAUGCUAAGCAAGGCGCCCCCUGUUCCUCAACUUAGCACAACACAGACGCCUGAAGAACACCCCAGAAAUGGGGAUGGAGAGGACCAGGUUGAUUCACCCAAUUCCGAGGCUUUACCUGCAGAAGAAGGGAUUCCAGAUCAUGCUGGUGAUGGAAUUGUUGAAGAACAGGAAGUCCUUGCAAAUGCUAAUCCUGCAGGAGUUGAAGUUCCAAGGGAGACUCAAUCAAGUGUUUCAAGGAAUCAGCAAAUUCCAAAGCCAGAGACGAGGGUCCAAAAACCUGAUGAUCGGUUGUUCACAUUGGCAGCUAUUGGACUUGCUAUUGCAAUUGUGGUCCUUUUGCUCAAGAAGUUCAUUAAAUCUACCGAACAUAGUGCAGUUUUCUUAGAUGGAUCAUAAAACGUUUCGAUGCUCAUGUUGGCAUAAGAUAUUGAACUUCUCAGCCUUAUGCAGUGAAUUGAGUAAAAGCUCUUUAAACUGAAAGAGGUUUAUUUUUAAUUUUGUUGUCCUUUUAUUAUACUCUUUGUAAUUAUGGUAAUAUGAAUGUGCACUUGCGAUAAAUUGGUGAGCGUAGCCUCUUAUUCCUUUAUCAUGUGAUAUGAAUUACUCUCCUUUCU